CAACAUGGCGGCCGGCGAGUGGCAUUGGGUGCCAGUGUGAGAGACUCGGGGGCCGCAGCUGUACAGGAGCCCAAUGUGACCUUGUUAAUCUGUGGGGGGGGGGGCAGAGACCCUGUUAUAUCUGUAGAUUCCGUGUCUGGGGGGGGAAUAGGGCUCAGCUGUGCCGAGAGGGCCGGGGGGGCUAUUUAUUAGUCUGUGCUUGGCCGGGCCCCUCCAUCUCUGCGUUCCCUCUAACACUGACAGAUGUCACAACCAAUUAGGGUCCUUGCGCCGCUCCCACUGGCCAAUGGCAAAUUCCCAUUAGAGGGGCCCCCCAUGCCCCCCCCACUAUUCCUGAGCUGUGUGGCACCCAAGGGAGGGAGACUCCUCCUGCGCCUCUUCCCCCCCGUCCCUCAGUCACCGGCACCGACCGCACAUUCCUCUCACAGGGUCCGACCCGGGUACCACUCUCCUUAUCCCCCCCCAGCGCCACAGGGGCCACUGGGUCUCAACCCCCCCCGACCGCUGCUGCCGACCCCGGGAAAUGGAUUGUGUGAUGCUGUGAAGCCCCCAAGGUACCACCGCUGCGCUACAGCCAGGCUCCCUGUGGGCUGAUGAUGAUGAUGGUGAGUGCUGAGCAAGUGGAUUCGGAUGCCCCCUCAGUACAGUCGGAGACAGAGAUUAAGGGGGGCAGCGAGACGGAUGGUGGGGGCACAUGUUUGCCGCCGCGGCUGAGCCGGGAAGAGAGGCGGCGCAGAAGGAGGGCCACGGCCAAGUACCGCUGUGCCCACGCCACGAGGGAGCGCGUCCGCGUUGAGGCUUUUAACGUGGCAUUUUCUGAGCUGCGCCACCUGCUGCCCACCCUGCCCCCCGACAAGAAACUCUCCAAGAUUGAGAUUCUGCGCUUGGCCAUUUGCUAUAUCUCUUACCUCAACCAUGUGCUGGACGUCUAGCCCCGAAUCCCUGACAUGGGGGCCCUCCAACUGUCAGAAAGGGGAGAGGAGGCCCCCCAAGAAGCUGUGUGACGGGGCCCCAAUGGGCUGUCAAUAAUGGCGACAAAUAGACACCCUAAAGCGGUUACGAGAGAGGGCGCAGCCUGCGGUCUCAACAGCUGGAGGGCCCCCUAGGGAGGCUGUGUGGGUGGGAUGGAAUGGGUGAUACCAAGACUGGGGGACUCAUGGAAAAGGAUCCCCUCACCCCGUUAUCCUCAUAUUGGACUGAUCAGAGGUGCCACUUGUAUCAGGCCUCCAUGGCCCACAAGGGGGCGCUGUGUGUGGCAUUAGGGGGUGCUGUGUGUGUCAUUAGGGUGCGCUGUGUGUGGCAUUAGG